GUUAGCCCUUGUGAACUGACCCACUACAUCUGGUUUCUUACUGAAACUCCGUGGUCUCUCCGCCCUCAGAAGUCCUUUUCCGACAGCUUGCCGCCUUGCAGAGAACACAGGUACGCCUCUGCACCGCUUGCACUAUAUUCUCACAUCUGUCUCCGAAAUGGUGUAGAAAACAAGCGAAAAAGGAGUGUUAUUAUUGGUACAAACACUGCCCAGCGUUUUCCCAGUGCAUCUCGCCUCGGUGUGGCCCGAUUGCUUUCUGCCGGUACAUGUUCCCGCGCCGCAAACGCCAACCCCCAGUUCUGUCUAGUGUACACAUAUUCGUUCAUGCGGAUAUUCCACUAGAGGGUGACAGUGAAGAAGCACAAAGAAUGCAGGAGGCCGCACGAAAGGAAGGUAAACUUCUUACAAAAGUCUCCAUCUGUCCGCCUAUGCGCAUGCAGGUGAAGGGAACCGACCUCCUGGCUACGGACGACGUCGAAUCCUCCGAAAAAUGGUCAUUUUUCACUUUUCGCAGUGAGAAGACACCCAAUUUGUCUUCUAUUUCUUCUCCGUCGCUGUUUCCCCUGCCACUAGGUCGCUUCCAUACCCUUUGUUUUGAGCAGUGGCCAUCUCCAGUUUGAGUGAACGGUCGCAGCCCUGCGUGACGCUUUUCUUGCAUGCGCUUUGCGUACGAAGCCCAGUGUGUGUGUCCCGAUGUUUUUCCCCAGUUGCUGGAUACGUUCCUGAGAAGAGCACGCGGCUCCUCUGGUUUGUCUCUCCAGUAUUCUCUUGCUGCUUCUCGCAAAUGAUCCCCUUUUUCCCACAUCGGUUUUUCUGCCCGAUCUGCCGCACAACGUCUGAGGCAUUCGUGUUAGGGGGGCAAAAGGGACAGGGACAAAAAGGCGAGCGGGUGCCUCCGGUCCAAACGUAACGUUUUUCUCUCGAGCAGCAAAAGCAAAUAGAAACGCGUCCCUCCGUCCACCUGCCUUCGAGAUCUCGUGUCGGUUUGCUUUUCUCUGCAUCCUACGAAUUCACCCACCCUUUCCGGGUGCACUUUUCGUUCCUCUUCGGAAAGAACGCACCGUGUGCCCUCAAACCCACUUGUGUCUGCUGUGUAUUCUUGCCUCUCCGGCGCUUUCCUCGCCUCCCUGUCUCCACUUGUCCCUUGUACAGCUAACUCAGCGGUCGGGGUACCUCUGGUGCCAGCCAGGUUCUGCUUCCCUCCAGUCUUCUUCCUCGUUUUUUUCACCUCGCUGGCAAAAUGGCAGGGCUGGCUUCCCUGUCUUCUGUUGGCGCUCUGCGCGGCAUGCGGCUCGUCCCUGCUGCACAUUUGCUCCCUCUCCACUCCGCAUUUGGCCAGCAGACGAGAAACUUCGGUGCCGGAGACUUGAAGAUUGUCGCCGCUCGCAUGAAGUCGGUCAAAUCGAUUCAAAAGAUCACAAAAGCCAUGAAAAUGGUGGCGGCAUCGAAGCUUCGUAUGGACCAAAGACGCCUGGAGAACGGCCUUCCCUUCGCUACGCCGGUGCAAAAACUCGUUCAGCGAAUUCCCGUCGAUCCGAAGGAAAAAGGCACUCUCGCCGUUCUCGCCCUCUCCUCAGACAAGGGUCUGUGCGGCGGCGUGAACAGCUUUGUCGCGAAGCAAGCCCGGAUCGUGAUCAAAGAGAACGAAAUGGCUGGCAACGCAGUCCAGGUCUAUGGAGUUGGCGACAAAAUCCGCUCCGCCUUGCAGAGGACUUUCGGCGACCGCUUCAAACGCAUCAUGACAGAAGUGACCCGCUUCCCCUGGAACUUUGGCCAGGCCUGUAUCAUCGCCGACAGGCUCAUGCAGGACAACCCCGCUCGUUUGAUGGUAAUUUACAACCACUUCAAGUCGGCCGUUGCGUACGACACUCUGACACUGAACGUCUUGACCCCGACGCAGGCUGCCCAGAGCGCGAAAGAGCAGUUGAACACUUUCGAGUUUGAGCCGGAGAAAACCGACGUGUGGAAGGACCUUCAGGACUUUUACUACGCCUGCACAGUUUUCGGUUGCAUGCUCGACAACAUCGCUUCUGAACAGAGCGCCCGUAUGAGUGCCAUGGACAACGCGUCGACGAAUGCUGGAGAAAUGAUUUCUUCUUUGACGCUGCGGUACAACCGAGCGAGACAAGCGAAGAUCACAACUGAACUCGUGGAAAUUAUUUCUGGCGCGAAUGCGCUCGAGUAAACGUCCUGUGUACCAAAUGAAAACGACAGAGCUACGCACAGAUCUGUCUGGUUCCGAAUCCAGCACAAGGCGGUAUGGUCGUUCUGAAGUCGCUCCUGUCUCGCAAGACACUUCUCACGCAAAACCAAAGUCGGGAUAUUCGUGUUAUGUACACGAUUUCCCACCACACUUGCUGCGGUUCCUCUUACUAAAUGAAGAAGGACCACAAACCUUUGUCGGAGGCAUUUGUACGGGAAGUGUCAAAGUAAAGUCCUCUCCACACGUGUCUCUCUGAAUCUCUGCAUGCAUAUUGGUCUACAACUAUGCACGUGGAUGCAGUGUGUAUGCACACGCUCUCUCGCUGGGGAGCGUCGUGGAAGCUUUGCGGUGUUUCCUUGCGACUUGGUCGCCAACUGUUUCUGACGGAUUUGUAAGUGUAGCGUGUGCUCGGGGUUUCGUCGGGCUUUCUGACCCCUCUCGCUGAGCUGUCCCUUGUGUACCGCAACAGACUGCUGCCAAUCGAACUACAGAUUCCUUCAAAUGCAUACUGAAUGCAUAA